AUGUCUGCACCAUCCCUCGCCAAUGCCAUUAUAAAGCGACCAUGGCUCGCAAAGAUGGUGAAGCCAAUCGCAGCCUGGUACGCCGACGCCGCCGGAUACAGAAAGCUCGGGUUGAGAGCCGAUGAUUUGAUCCCCGAGGAAUCCGAGAACGUCCUGCUUGCCCUCAAGCGUCUCCCGCAAAAGGAGGCCUACGACCGAGUGUUCCGUCUUCGACGUGCUUUCCAGUGUUCGCUGGCCCAUCAACUGCUUCCCAAGGAGCAGCAGACAAAACCCGAGGAGGACUACCCAUACCUUUCUCCCAUCAUUCAGCAAGUCGAGGCAGAGGCAAAGGAACGUGAUGAUUGGGAUGCAGCUGUUGUCCAGAGAAAGUAG